AUGCCAGGCCCAUCACAUGUCUCCACUGCCGCCCGCUUCCUCUUCCAUACCGGAGUGGUAGGCUACAUGCUGCACUCGUACGCCUCCAUCGCAAGCGUAAUUGGUAAAGCCCUUGAAGCAGAGUAUGGUGGCGACCUCCAGUUCCUCACGGUCGUGGGGAUGAUCACUGCCACGAUUGCGAUGGGUUUGAGUGCGAUUAACGAUCUCAUGCCGUUUCCAGCUCUGCAUGGUGCCAAGCGGCUGGUUGCGCUCGCGGCUAUGCCUGUCGAGAUUACCAUUAGCGCAAUAUAUUGGCCCCUAAUCCUCCUCGCGCCGCAACUCAUGCUUCCCCCCGACCUGGCCGCUGCCCCAGAGGCAGAUAUCACGGCCGCGAGUGCCGACGCCCCCCUCGUCUUCCUCCCCCUAUGGAUGGACUUGGGGUUACAUGCCGUUCCUGCCAUGGCGCUGGUCAUUGACUUCUUCGUCUUCGAACGCAAGUACCGCCCACCCAUGUCCGACAAGGUCGCCUUGGCCGUCGCAGGCCUCUUCACAGCCGGCUACGCGACUUGGGUCGAGCACUGCGCCGCAAUCAACGGCCACUUUCCAUACCCGUUCCUGACAAUGAUGUCCUUCCCCGACCGUGUCAAGGUAUAUGCCGGCUCGGCGGUAUUCGCGCUCCUCGUCUUCCGAGGUCUAAACGCUCUUCACAAGUAA